UUUGCAAGGAUGGAGAACAUAGAAGUGUUCACCUCUGAAGGUAAAGGACGAGGUCUCAAAUCCGUCAGGGAAGUUUGGGCUGGAGAUGUCAUCUUUGCAGAGCCGGCUUAUGCUGCCGUAGUAUUUGACAACCUUACACAUACUGUGUGCCAUUCAUGCUUCAAGAGACAAGAAAAGCUCCAACGCUGUGGACAGUGUAAAUUCGCUCACUACUGUGACCGCACCUGUCAGAAGGACUCCUGGGUCAACCACAAACAUGAGUGUGCGGCCAUCAAGAAACUUUGCAAAACUCCGAAUGAGAACAUCAGGCUUGCCGCUAGAAUCAUGUGGAGGAUAGAGAGAGAAGGAAGUGGCCUGACAGAAGGAUGUUUGGUCUCCGUCGAUGAUCUUCAAAACCACCUAGAAGACUUUGAAACAGAGGAGAAGAACGGACUGAUGGAUGAUGUUCAGAGUUUUCUGGAUUAUUGGCCCAGUACGAGUAAACAGUUUGGCAUGCAGUAUGUCUCACACAUCUUUGGGUUGAUAAGCUGUAAUGGAUUUACUUUAAGCGAUCAAAGAGGCCUUCAAGCUGUCGGAGUUGGAAUUUUCCCAAAUCUUUGUCUCGUAAACCAUAACUGCUGGCCAAACUGCACAGUGAUAUUCAACAAUGGCAAUCAUGAGGCUGUAAAAUCAAUGUAUCAUACACAGAUGAGAAUUGAGCUCCGAGCCCUUGGGAAGAUCAACAAAGGAGAGGAGCUAAGCGUGUCCUAUGUCGACUUCCUUAAUCUUAGCGAAGAGAGAAAAAAACAGUUGAAGAAACAGUACUACUUUGACUGCACGUGUGAAUACUGUACAAAGGGGACCAAGGAUGAUCUGUUGUUGGGCGUAAUAGAUGGAGAAGAUAAGCCUACAGAAGAUGUGGUGAAAGAAGUCAUACAAUACUCAAAGAACACCUUGGAGAAAAUAGACAAAGCUCGGGCUGAAGGAUCUUACCAUCAGGUGGUGAAACUUUGCCGUGAAUGUCUCAAGAGGCAGGAACCAGUCUUGGCAGACAGCAAUAUCUACAUGCUUCAGAUCCUGAGCAUAAACUCUGAGGUGCUGUCCUACCUCCAGAUGUUUGAGGAAGCUGCUGAGAACGCCAAGAAAAUGGUGGAUGGUUAUUUGAAAAUAUACCAUCCAAACAAUGCCCAGCUUGGGAUGGCCAUAAUGAGGGCUGGGGUCACACAUUGGCAUGCUGGACUCAUUGAAGUUGGCCAUGGGAUGAUCUGCAAGGCUUUUGCUAUCCUCCUCAUAACUCAUGGACCCUCUCACCCUAUUACCAAAGAUCUGGAGGCGAUGCGUGGUCAGACAGAAAUGGAGCUGAGGAUGUUCCGGGAGAAUGAAUAUGUCUAUUACAAGAUGAGAGAAGCCGCUCUCUCCAACAAACCCUUUCAGGUUAUGGAAGAGCCAGCAAAUGAGGCUCCACCAGCCAUCUUCAAUAAGAAACCAUAGGCAGACAUGACCCCUCCAUUCUUCUGAUCCUUCCAUCCCUGACCAGUGUCCAAUCCACAAUGCAGAUCUAUCAAGACGCUACCACAACGAGAAGAAAUAUCUAUUGAUAUACAAAUGUACAGGCUUGAUCUGCUUGGAGUGUUAAAGGGGUACUCCACUGGAAAACAUU